CCAAACUUCGUGCGAACCUUUCUGACGACGUAUCGAUCGUUCUGUAAACCUAAGGAGCUGCUGGACCUGCUCAUCGAGAGGUUUGAGAUCCCGGAGCCUCGAGUCUUUGAGCCGGAUCCGAUGGAGGGAGCCGAGCAGCCGAUCAGCCCCGAGCUCAAACGCUUCAGGAAAGAGUUUGUUCAGCCGGUGCAGCUCAGAGUGCUGAACGUGUGUCGCCACUGGGUGGAGCAUCACUUCUACGACUUUGAGAGAGAGUUUUUAAUGCUGGAGCGCUUGGAGGAGUUCAUCUCUUCAGUCAGAGGUAAGACCAUGAGGAAGUGGGUGGAGUCCAUCACUAAGAUCAUCUUCAGGAAGAAGACCGCUGCCGGUGUACAACCCAGAGACAGCAUCACCUUCCAGAACUCUCCUCCUCCCUUCGAGUGGCACCUCAGCAAACCAGGAAACCAAGAUUCCUUCAACCUCCUCACGCUGCACCCCAUCGAGAUCGCCCGGCAGCUCACCCUCAUCGAGUCCGAGUACUACAGGGCGGUGCAGCCGUCAGAGCUGGUCGGCAGCGUCUGGACCAAAGAGGACAAAGAGAUCCACUCCCCGAACCUGCUGAAGAUGAUCCGGCACACCACCAACCUCAGUGUGUCUCUCUGCAGGUGCAUCGUGGAGAUGGAGAACCUGGAGGAACGAGUAGCCGUCGUGUCUCGGAUCAUCGAGAUCCUGCAGGUCUUUCAGGAACUCAACAACUUCAACGGAGUUCUGGAAGUCGUCAGCGCCAUGAACUCCUCUCCGGUCUACAGACUGGACCAUACCUUCGAGCAAAUCACAAGUCGGCAGAAGAAGAUUCUGGAGGAAGCUCACGAGCUGAGCGAAGAUCACUACAAGAAGUAUUUGGCCAAACUGCGCUCCAUCAACCCCCCCUGCGUCCCUUUCUUUGGAAUCUACCUGACCAACAUCCUGAAGACGGAGGAGGGGAACCCCGACGUGCUGCACCGACACGGCAAAGAACUCAUCAACUUCAGCAAGAGGAGGAAGGUUGCCGAGAUCACCGGAGAGAUCCAACAGUACCAGAACCAGCCGUACUGUCUGAGGGUGGAGGGCGAGAUGAGGAAGUUCUUCGAGACCCUGAACCCGAUGAAGGACAUGUCGGAGAAAGACUUCGCAGAUCAUCUGUUCAACAAAUCUCUGGUGAUCGAGCCCCGAAACGCCCGCUCCUUACCUCGCUUUCAAAGGAGGGUGACCUUUCCUCUGAAGUCUCCGGGGAUCCGUCCGAAGUCCAUGCGCCACCCGACGCCGCUGCAGAGCGAGCCGAGAAAGAUCAGCUACAGCCGGACCCUGGACAGCGAGUCUGACUGUGGGGCCGUGUCUGCUCCCAUCCCCCGCACGCCGCUGACUCCGCCCCCCGCUUCCGCCACCUCCAGCUCCACCGACGUAGGCAGCGUGUUCGACUCGCCGCAGGGGCCCAGCAGCCCGUUCCACUCCAGGUCUUCCUCCGUCUCGUCCAUGGUGAGUUUCAGUCGGGGUUCUGAGGAAGUUCCGGUUCCUCCUCCGGUUCCACCUCGCAGACCGGAGUCGGCUCCAGCAGAGUCCUCACCGUCCAAGGUACCAGACAUUUGGACAGCCCCCCCCGCCGUCCCCCCUCGUCAGCCCACCUGUAAGCUCCUCCCUCCUCGUUACUCUUCGUCGGUGUCUUCGUCGUCGUCCCCCCCCGACAGCCCCCCCUCGCUGCCUCCUCGUGAGCCUCUCAGCUCUCCUCUGCACCUCCUGCCCCCCCCUCAGGGCCGCCCCCGCUGUGACCUGCUGCCUCAGGCCUUCUUCCCCUCCUCCUCCUCCUCCUCUAUAAGCCCCGCCUCCACCGCUUCCUCCUCGUCCCCCCCCUCCUCUUCCUCCCCCGCCCCCUCCACCCCCACCCCUAGCCCCGCCUCCCGGAAGAUGCCCCUCCCGUCCCCGACCCUCCCCCAGCUCCCAUUGGACGGCCCCCCCCGUCCACCUCGGCACGGUGUCCCCAAACUCCCCCCCAAGACCUAUAAGAGGGAGUCUCUGAGCCGCCCCCCUGCUGGACACGCCCCCCGCACUGUGAGCAGCUGAUUGGACAGCCGUAGCGGGAGGCGGGGCUAGACGAGCUAACACUACAGCGGAUUGGAUCAGAACAAACAGAACAUCUGAUGGACCAAUCGGGACGCUCUGAUCCAAUCAGGACUGAACGUAUCCAAACUUCACGUGCCCUUAAAAAAACAAACUGUGGCCUCCAGCAGAACGUCGGAGAACGUCUGCGUUUGGGUCUCAGACUCUGAGGUACCAGAGCAGAACCAAAGAGGUACUUCCUGAGACGGACUGAUUCUGGCAGACCUGAUGCUGGUUCUCUGAUGGUUCCUGUUAGAACAUGUAAAGAACAUGUUGCCUUCUGUAAAACAAGGGAAUAAACGUGUUUCUACCAGAA